UCGAUUCAUCGACGAUUUCUCAGAGUGUGGCGGAAGAAAAAAAUUCGCAGAACGCCAGUAUUUUGUUUUCUUUUUCGCCGUUCGGACGUCGCGGGAGUGUUUCACGCCCCGAAGUUGAUGAGAUUGAGUGGGCGCCCGAGGGCCCCCGUAGUGUAAGAGACCCCCUUGUGACGGGAAGUGUGUGAGAAUCAUGGGGAAACUGCUGAGUCUGCUCGCCCGGGACGAUUCGACGUGCUGCACCACGAAAUCCUACGAUGUCUUCCUGGACUUUGAGAAUGCUGCGCCCACGGAUACGGAAAAGGAGGUGUACGACGAGGUGGAGCGCGUGCUGAAGGAGUCCGAGGCCGUGCUGGAUGAGAUUCAGGUGUACAAGGGCGCCGGCAAGGAGAUCCGCGAGGCGAUCGCUGAUCCUUCGCCGCAGUGUCAGGAGAAGGCGUGGAACGCCGUGCUGCCGCUGGUGAUAAAGCUGAAGAGGUGCUACGAGCACUCGCUGGAGUUGGAGAGGAUCGUGCCGAAGUUGCUGGGUCAGCUGGUGGGCGGUCGCUUGAAUCCCACACAACACCUGGAGACGCAACAGGCGCUGGUGAAGCAACUCGCGGAGAUUCUUGAGUUUGUCCUGAAAUUCGAUGAGUACAAGAUGAAAACGCCCGCGAUCCAGAAUGACUUCAGCUACUACAGGCGCACAGUGAGUCGACAGAGGAUUGAUAACACUAGUCAGAUGCUGGUGAGCACAGAGCUGGCCAAUCGCAUGUCACUCUUCUAUGCACAUGCCACACCGAUGCUGAAGGUGCUCAGCGAGGCCACGUCCAAGUUCGUGCGUGACAACGCAGACGACGUGGACAACACGACCGAGACGCUGGGAACGAUGGCCAAAGUAUGCCUUCGGAUGCUGGAGAAUCCGAAGCUCUUGUCACAGAUCGAGAGGGAGGAGACGCACUUACUGGUGCUGCGAGUGAUGGUGGGUCUCGUGAUUCUGUACGAUCACGUGCACCCUGUGGGUGCGUUCGCACGUGGCGCGCAUGUGGAUGUGAAGGGGUGCGUGCGGCUGCUUCAGGCUCAGCCGGCCAUCAAGGCUGAGCCUCUGCUCAAUGCGCUGCGCUACACGACGAAGCACCUCAAUGAGGACAACACGCCCAAGAACAUCCGAAACUUGCUGGCCGCCUGAGCGCCCCGUUUUCCCGCCCCCUCGGAUUCCACCUUCGCGCCCCGCGUAGUCAAUCGUUUGUCCUGCCUCUGUCUUCGUCUUGGACUGUUCAGUUCCCCUUUAUGGCUUUGCGGGAGGCACGCAAGGAGUGCGUAUUAGUGAAAAUAUGUUUAAGGGUCAAGUGAGAGGAUUAAGAUUAAAUUAAAUUACAAACUUCUAUAUAGGUAAUUGUGCAUUUGAGAGGUGAGAAAGAGAGAAAGCUGUAGCAAAAGUGAGCGAAAUUUGUUAAUAAUCUAUUGAAUAUUGUAAGUUUUUUCUGUCUAUAAAAAAGUCGUAAAAAGAAGUAUUUUGAUGAAGAAUGACACUCUCGAGAGAAAUGUUAUCAAGAAUGUCUGCAAUUCUUUUCAUCUUUCUCUUUACCACCUUUUUGUCUUCUGUGCAAAUGCAAAUCGAGAGUAUUUUUCCAAAAAAAAAAAGAAAAUAAAUGGGAAGAAAACCCUUUAUAUGUAAGUAAAUUAUAGCUGAAAACCAAUGUAAAGCGAAAAAAAUCGAGAAAAUUAAGCUUUUUGUCACAUAUUUAGCAAAGAGAAUCACAAAUUACUAUCGAAAAUCCCUUUUUGAGCUCAAUCAUUUUAGCAGUGAUGAGGAAAUGUUAUUGGAAAAUGUAUGAUUUGUCUUAGUUUUUAAGGAAGAGGAGUUUCAUCACAAAUUUGACGAGUAUUUCUGAUAUUUUUUCGUGUGAACAUAAACAGACCAUCUUUAUAUACUAAAGAGAACCACUAAUGCAAAUAAAUUAAGUCAAUCUUUAA